CCCAUUAAAGAUGCUUUUGGAUACUUCACUUCAAGAGGAGUUGAGGUAAGCAAUGCAUCUGCUGAGAAUGGAUCAGAGUCGACUAUAUCCAAAUACAACCUUAUUAAACAUGCGGGUGCUGCAGUAGGUACCAUUAAAGGUGCUUUUGGAUACUUAACCUCAAGAGAAAUUGAGGAAAGCAAUGCAUCUGCUGAGAAUGGAUCAGAGUCGACUAUAUCCAAAUACAAUCGUAUUAAACACGCGGGUUCUGCGGUUGGCUUGUCUUUACCACAAUCCAAUGGUGUUACCGAUCCCAAAUCUGCGUUAGAUGGCUUAGAGCGUGCUGCUAGAACUGACGGAAACUUUACGUGUUGUCCAGAGGCGCUUGGGACUGAUUCUUCUAAUGCAGUGCAAGUGACCUCUUCAUCGGAUGUGUCAGUUGCACUACAGUCUGGAACUCCCUCUCCUGUUCUGAACACUAUUGUGAGGGAUAUGAUUGCAAGUGCUCUUAGAUCAUCCGAUGGGUUGACCAGGAAUGCAAGGUUCACUACCCCCGUAUCACCAGCGUUUGCAUUUGGCCAUCCACAUUUCUCCGUGAAGUCUUCAAAGGACGUUAAAGGUGACUUUCCUAGUUUUGGUGCGACGAUUUCUGGAGCUCUCAACAAGGCCUAUUUCCCAGCAAAGGAAGGGUUAUUUCCAGGUUCAAAAGAGGUGCGAAGCCAGGAAACACAAACUGAAGAGCACAUUACGUCUGAGCAUUAUGACUUUUCUAAUAUAUGGAGCAUGUUGGAAUGUCCAGUUUGUUUUGAGAUGAUAUUACCUCCCGCAUAUCAGUGCAAAGAAGGUCACAUUGCAUGUGAAUCUUGCUGGUCCAAAAUUCCAUUGCCGUGUAAAUAUCGUGCAGGAGGGUGUUUCGAAACUGUUCUGUUCAACAGUAAAUUUGCUCAUGAAGAAAGAUGCUCAUUUCGUAUUAUUUACCAGUGUCCAAUUGACCCGGUAUGUGGUCAGAUCAAUGGUUACAAAAAUAUGUGCAUUCAUUUAAAAAAUCAUCACACGAAUGUCUUUAAUUUUGUUGACUCUGUUGAAGAAAGAGAAAAUUUUUGUAUUGGUGUUUUCAAGGAAUCGCAAAAUAUUGUACAUGCCUUCCACAUAAAACAGUGGGGCUUAUUUUUCCUACAAAAAGUGUGUGUGGGCGAUUUAACAGGAUUGUUUAUGCAGGUCAUACGUGCAGCAACAAAUCAACUUGAUUUUAAUUAUUCUUUGGAAGUUUGUGAUCACAAUGAGACUCGGAAAGAGUACUUCAAAGGUUGUGUCCUACCCAUGGAAACACCCACUGAAGAAAUAAUUAACACAGGAAAAUAUCUACUUUUAUCUGAUCUUAUUUUGAAAACAAUAAACGCUGAGAGUCCUAUAAUGAUUGUUGUUAGAAUAUGGAAAAAUGUUUAAAAUAUAACUAGGUUUUUCAAAUUGUACAGAAAUAUUUUUUUAACACAAUGUUUUCUAUAGUCGCAUAAAUAAACAAUAAAGUUCUGAGUUCUAUCUUCUCUGUUGCAUUUUAACUUCACCAACCAAACUUUGUGUAUUUUCUCCUUUUCAGAUACUUGAUUAUUUUUGCUUUUACUGAUUUUCUUAGUGUUCUUAGCAUUUUUUUCAUUGUCAUGCCCUAGGAAAAAAUUGGAUGUUAUUGUUUACCUAAAAGAAAAAAACAUUUAGUUCAUUGUAUUUGGAAAGCUUUUGAUUGACUGAAUAUUUUAAAUUUUGAUCAUGAAAUAAUAAUUUUUAUUUUUGUUUUCUAACUUGCAUAGAAUGUUUUGAAUCUCUGGA